UGUUGACCGUAUCGGAUGGAGAGGAAGCAGGAGGGAGGAGAGCAGCCAAAAGGAGAGAGAAAGGGGAGACUGCAGGCGGAUGAGAGGACCUUUCCCCUCCCUGGAUGAUGGAGAACUUCUAGAAGCUUCCCAUUUCACCUCGGUUCUGGCCGUUUCCGAGGCUGCAGGCGGCACCACGAGGGAGCUGCGGUGAGGUGAUGACCAUCCCUGGGAGGAAGGACGACUGAAGAGAGGGGGGGGGCGGCUUGUUGUUUCUGGAACCUGGAGCGGGACUCCAGAACCGCAUUCCCCGCACCACUCCUGGUCCAAGUUCUCCUCCUGAUGCUGAGCCGAGUGGGGGGCGACUCGACACCGGAUAUUGGAAAAACCCACCGUCGCCGUGUGAUCGAAGCCGGCACCUGCAUGCGGAUCCGAACCAGAGCCGGCUCAUGAAGAAGCGAUGUACGGGCUUGUUUGUGCACAUUACCAGGAAGAGGAAGAGAAGGGGGGGACCCGAGCAUCGAUCCGAGCAUGGACUCGCUCUGAUAUCUGACACUCUGGCAGGAAUCCAUUUGUGGCAAAGUGUGGCGCUGCACUCCACCAGCCGGAACUUCUUUCCCUAAUUUCUCCUCUUCGAUCCAAAAAUCCUGCUCCAGCUUCCAUCACUUUAGGCCUGACGUGGUGCCGGUUCUCACACCCAGCGCAUGGGAGUCGCCUGCAGGCUUCAGCAUCACGACCGGAACCCCCUCCUCCUCCUCCUGCUCCAGUGAUGCGUGUGUCGGCUUUACGCAGGACACUUUCUUGAAUUUUGGAUCUUGGAUCACGUCUGACGGAGCGACAAAGGAUGAGCAGCAAGGACCACUCGGCGGGACAGUCCACCCAGUAUGUGGGGCCUUACCGUCUGGAGAAGACCCUCGGAAAGGGCCAGACAGGACUGGUGAAACUGGGUGUCCACUGCAUCACCGGCCAAAAAGUGGCCAUUAAGAUCGUAAACCGGGAGAAACUGUCCCAGUCGGUCCUGAUGAAGGUGGAGAGAGAAAUCGCUAUUCUUAAACUCAUCGAGCAUCCCCAUGUUCUCAAGCUGCAUGACGUCUACGAGAACAACAAAUACCUGUACCUGGUGCUAGAGCACGUGUCCGGGGGAGAGCUGUUUGACUACCUGGUGAAGAAAGGCCGGCUGACCCCGAAAGAGGCCCGGAAGUUUUUUAGGCAAAUCAUCUCGGCGCUGGACUUCUGCCACAGUCAUUCCAUAUGUCACAGAGACCUGAAACCUGAGAACCUCCUCCUGGAUGAGAAGAACAACAUCCGGGUGGCAGACUUUGGGAUGGCCUCGCUGCAGGUCGGAGACAGUCUGCUAGAAACCAGCUGCGGAUCUCCACAUUACGCCUGUCCGGAGGUCAUCAGGGGGGAGAAGUACGACGGUCGGCGGGCGGAUGUCUGGAGCUGCGGUGUCAUCCUCUUUGCUCUUCUUGUGGGUGCCUUGCCUUUCGACCACGACAACCUGCGGCAGCUCCUGGAGAAGGUCAAGAGUGGCGUCUUCCACAUGCCUCACUUCAUCCCACCGGAAUGCCAGGCGCUGCUGAAGGGAAUGAUCGAAGUCAACGCCGACAAGAGGCUGACGCUUGAAGCAAUACAGAAGCACUCCUGGUACCAGGGCGGUCGGAACGAGCCGUGUCCGGAGCAGCCGCCGCCACGCCGCGUAUGCCUGCAGAGGAUCCUAUCGAUAUCCGAGCUGGACCCGGACGUCCUGGAGAGCAUGCACUCGCUGGGCUGCUUCAGGGACCGAGCCAAACUCACCAAGGACCUUACAAGUGAGGAGGAGAACCAGGAGAAGAUGAUCUACUACCUCCUGCUGGACAGAAAAGAGCGCUACCCGAGCUGCGAGGACGAAGACCUGCCGCAGCGGAAUGAUGCAGAUCCGCCGAGGAAGCGCCUGGACUCCCCUAUGCUCACCCGUCAUGGCCGUUGUCGUCCAGAGAGGAAGAGCCUGGAGGUCCUCAGCGUGACGGACCAGGGCUCUCCCACACCCCCGCGCCGCAACCUGGACACCAGCGCACACAGCCAGCGGUCUCGGUCGGUGAGCGGAGCCUCCACGGGUCUGUCCUGCAGCCCACUCAGCAGUCCCAGGAGUCCAGUCUUCACUUUCAGCCCCUCAGAGGUUUCCUCCUCUAAAGACCCCAAAACGUUGAGCAACACGACCCCCCGGCCGACACGCCCACCGCCCGAUCCAAAAACCCAGACCCUUCCCUCCAAGGGUCCCACUGAGCGGCCGCACCUCCACUCCAUGAAGUCCCUCCCUCUCCAGACGCCUCGUUCUCCGUCGCCGUCCCCCUCCCCCAUCCUCUCCCCCACUCCGCGUUUCUUCAACUUUCCGUCGCCCUCCAUGUUCAAGUCCAAGAACACUAACGCCUCUGCCCCCCUCCCUGCUGUGUCGCAGGUCACGCCGCAGGGCUCGCCUCUGCCCACCCCCCUGGGUACCCCCGUGCACCAGCUCCACCACCCUUCCUCUACCACCCCUCCCUCCUCCUCCUCCUCAUCUUCCUCUUCUAGAGCUGAUGGAGGGGCGUCCAUGUCACUGACCCCUCCCUCUAGUCCGGGAGGCAGCGGCGGCAUGGCAGCUUCAAGCUCUGCCCACUGGAGGACGAGGCUCAACUCCUUCAAGAACAACCUGUUGGGCUCACCACGCUUCCACCGUCGCAAACUACAGGGUGAGUCAGUCACAAAUCGACAUUUAUCUCGUCAACAACAACCUCAUGUGCCGUCAUUUAUUUCAGUCCCGACAUCGGAGGACAUGUCCAGUUUGACUCCCGAGUCCAGCCCAGAACUAGCCAAGAGAUCCUGGUUCGGGAACUUCAUCAGUCUGGAGAAGGAGGAGCAGAUCUUUGUUCUGAUCCGGGACAAGCCGCUCAGUUCCAUCAAAGCCGACAUCGUCCACGCCUUCUUGUCCAUCCCGUCGCUCAGCCACAGUGUUGUGUCCCAGAACAGUUUUCGAGCCGAGUACAAGUCGUCAGGUGGGCCCUCGGUUUUCCAGAAGCCAGUCAAGUUCCAAGUCGACAUCGGGUACUCUGAAGGAGAGAGAGAGCGUGAAAGAGAGCGGGCUGAGCGAGAGGGAAGGAGAGAGAUGGGGAUCUACAGCGUCACCUUCUCGCUGAUUACAGGUCCCAGUCGGAGGUUCAAGCGUGUGGUGGAAACCAUUCAGGCUCAGCUGCUCAGCACUCACGACCAGCCCUCCGUCCAGGCCCUGGCUGACGAGAAGAACGGCCAAGUGUCCCGCCAGCCUAGCGCCCCCUCGCAGCAGCAGAACUCCCCUCAUCCCGACACUGCGAACGAUCGGGAUAGGGCAGAGAAGGACCACGUGGCUGAUAUCGGAAGCAGCACUGGCUCUGUAUCACAAACGAAAGGAACGGGAAAAGAUAAAACCAGACUUCUAUCGUCGCCCAACGGAACACAGUCUCACCCCUGAAGAGGAGCAUUGUAGAAGGUCAACUCUCGCAUCCCACCAUCCUCCACAAGCUCUUGGACAUUUUCUUCUGUCCAGCCUCACGUAUGACUUUGCCCCCCUGCAAUGGAAUGGAACGUUUGGGAACGUGUAGACGGUAGUGGGGUUAGCAUCGUGCUAACCAAGGAAGUCCACCUUAGACCAGAAGCACAUGACUUUCAAAGCGACCAAUUAGAUUAUUCAUGUUAACUCCAAUGGACCUCCAAGGGUAAGCGUGAGUGUUGACUCCACCGAAUGGCUACCCAUGUUUACGUGUGUCACAUGACUGAAUCUCAUCAUUGACUUCAUUUUUUUUUCUCAUCGUUCAAGUCAUCCAACUGUUCAUCUGAAGUCUUGCUUCGUAGCACAGGGUUGUUGUCACUUCUUGUCAGUGCAAGUCCACAGGAAAUAAGCAAGGCUUUUAUUGUGAAGCCAUUCUGCAUUUAUUUUGUAAGCCACCGACCUGGACGGAAGAGUGGCGUUUCACAUGCUUGAGCCAGUCCAGGUCCAUCCAGUUGUGAUGAGAUCAAGUGGGCUAUCGAUGGGUUCCCCAAGAUGAUACUGUGACAUCAAACAUGUCCGUAAAAUGUCAUGACACCUUUUACUGCUCCAUAGUGCUCCCAAGUCGUGGAUCUUUCUGUUGUUCUAGACUCUCAGUCUCACACUGGGUUUGGACCUUUUCAGUCAGCUGUUCUUGCCAACCCACCAGACUUUCAUCCGCCAGCUUUCCAGGUUCCCCUACUUAUCCUUCUGCAGUAUUUCCAGCACAUUUAGGGGCAAUUUUUCAGUCAGUGACAAGUCGGCUUCGCACCGCCUCUGUUUGCCUGAACGUCCAUUGCACAUCACCUUAAGGAACCGUCCUCCUUUUGCCUUGCUUGGUCCCUCUUCUCGUACGGGACUUCUAGUGGAGCGCAGUCUCAUCCCUAAAUGAGGAGCGUUGCAGAACGUUUACUCUGGCAUCCCAACAUCCUCCGGUUGAUCACGUAUGGCUUUCCCCCCUGUAAUGCUGGGGAACAGGGUAACUACCUGUUUUCCUUCAUCACCAAAUAUUGAAAUAGGUGACAAAUUGAAAAUGUACCGACAAGUCUAUGCGAACAAGUUCUAUGUUAUGGCUACAAUACCACACUGCCUUCCACGGAAAAGAAGAGAGGCUGUUGGCUCGUGGGAUUUCACCGCCUCAUGAGGUUCGCUUCGAGCAUUGGCAAUGGCGUCUCAUGUUGGGUGCAAGCUGGAAAAAUGCUGAUCUAUUUUCGUCAAAAUAUGCUAGACUUACCUCAGCCUCACUUAGCUGUCCAUCCGACCACGUCACACUUGCGUGGAAUGUCAAUAAUUCUUUACAUUUUCGCCUGCUCGGCUUCGCUGCGUUCUUCAACUGGACCUAGAUUUGGAUCAGCACCGUCAGGUCAGCAUCCGUUGUUCUCAACACCAAACCAAAAUGAAAGGAAAGGAGACAGAAGUUUGUCUGACCUCUGUGGCGUAUUCAUUUUCACCGUUAGCAUAUUAGCAUUUUUAACUUGCUGAAGCUGAUCACUCACUCAUUUCAUGUUUUCAUUUGUUUCCUGGCACUUUUGAGGAAUGUUGUCUUGAUCCUGAAUGUUCUGAUUGAUGGUUGAAUGCCCUUCAAGCUGCUCGAUGUCAAUUCCAGUUUUCAUGUUUGCCGCCAGAAGAACAACAAGCUACAGGAUUUAGCACUUGCUAGCUGACCAUUGGUGUGUUCCAGUUGUGCUCAGAACUGGGAAAUGCCCAAUUACGCCCCUUGUUCACUCAGAAAGUGGUAGAUUCCUCAUCAUCCCGAGAACUCAAUUCAAGAUGGCUUCCCUGAUCAGAAACAGGUACUAGUUUUGAACGAAAUGUACACAUUCCGCAUCAUUUCCUCAUCAUCCUGCGGGUUUUCCAGUUGCAAAUGCAGCGCAUAGUUGUCAAGAAGUUGCAAUUGUUCAAGGCACUUGUAGCGUUCAUGGGCAUCACGAGCUUGUUUUCCGACUUCUAUAGCUGCAACACCCCGAUAUCGGCUGUGAUGUCAUUCCCUACCGUGACUUCCCACUUCUGAGGUGACUGGAACGCAGCACAUGAUCUCCAGUUAUUCUGAGAUGACACAAGCUUUCACGAUUACAAGCACUUUUUAGUUUGUGUUUUCGAAAAGGUGGGAAUAACAUGCUAACAUGAAGCUAACGGCUAACUUCAUGACCUGUUGAAUAUGCUGUCGCGGAUCUGACCAAGCUUUUUGACUCCAUCAAAUCAUGUACGAGUCAUGAUAGCGUUAGCAACCAAGCAUUAGCACGACACUGCAUCACUUCCCACUGACAUGAAUGAUUUUUUACACUUUCUGUGUGUUUCUGUGAUACUUUGCCGCAUUUGAAUGAUUUUUAUAUGCUUUUGAUUUCAAUGAAAGGGCUCACUGCUCUGCUCGCUGCUCUUUAUUUGUUAUUUUCUUUGAACUGUUUGAUGCUAGGGAAGGUUGGACUCGCACGAAUGUCUACAAUGAUGUUGCAGAUAUUUAUUCAACUUAUUUAUUUGAAAAUUUUGUCCUGAAUUUGUCAGCCACAUGGUGAGCGUUCAAUUACUUCUACAUUUCUGUUUUAAAAACAUUUCAUUGUUUUAUUUGAUGUUAAUAGCUGUUAAUCACCACAUACUGAUGAUCCUUGAAAUCAUUUUUGGCCAGAAAUAUUUCUGCUAAAAUUUGCUGAUAUUUAUUUACACUGGACUGUUGGGUCAUGUGAUGAAUUGGUGACAAUAGAGGUCGUAUUUUUAUAUCAUUUUGAUAUGCAAAUUUAGUGUGAAUUUUAUUUACUCUUCUUCUGACUUUUUUUUGUCUUGAAAUUUUUUCCUGUGGGCUGUGUUUGUUUUCAGUAAUUUUUGUGUGUUGUGAGUACAUUUUAAUUCAGUCACUUUGUGUGUUGACAUUGUUUUUAAAGCACAUUUGUUUUUUCUUUUUAAGUUUUGAUGUUGUGCAUUCGUCUAUUUCUUUUUGUUCACAUUAUUUAUUAACUUAUUUUUUAUUGAAAGGUUACUUUCAUUUCUUUUAAACAUUGCGUUUUAAUUUGGUUUAAAUGUGUUUUUCAGUGUCAUCUUUCGCUCUGUAUUUUUUUAUCUGACUUGUUUCUUUCAGUUGACCUCAUUUCUUCGCUCUAUAUUUCAGUGUAGGUGCUAAGUUUCUGGCGAUGCUGAUGUUGAUAUUUUGCACAUCAUUUCCGACUGAAAAUUUGUGACAAACAGGAAGUGAUUUGUAAUUGUCAUCACAUGACCUCGGUACAAGUCCACCGACAAGAAAACUUUGACAUUUCCCAAGUCAAAAAUGAAAGUAAGGGCACCUUUGACCUACUUCUUCUUUGAGCCUAUUCCAGAAAGUCGGGUCACGAUGCCUCGCCCACUCACGACCACACCCCGAUUCAUUUACAUGUUCCCUUGUGUGUCACUGCCCCUCAUAUAGACCCACCCUAGACAUUUUCUACCUUUAUUAUCGACGCCGUGUACAUUUAUAUGCUUGUCUCUGUUGUAUUCGUCAUAUCUACAUCACGUUCCUUUAUCGACCGUCGUCAUCUUGUCUCCUUCGUCUUCCGCCCUUCACCUUGUCAUCUACACGCAACGAAUGUUUCGUAAAUGUAGGAAAACAGUGGAAUUAGUGCGGGGGCCAAGCAUAAAAAAAACAAAAAAACUUCAUGAUGGUGACGGUGAGGAAGAGAAACGUCUGUAGUAUAAUAAGAAAUACGAAAAAGUGCACUAUUAUGACAAUGAUUAUUACUAUUGCCUGUGAGAAAUACUGACCAAUAAAGCAG